AAGAGUGGAGUUGCCUCCCUGCCACUCCACCGUGGCUCUGGCAAGCCAGACUGGGCAUGCUCAGCAGCCGGGCAGGUUUUUUUUGGCCGCCAGUGGGUAGGCAGCUCUUGCUCUCCCGCAGCCUGCAGCAUGCAGCCGGUGCAUCCCUGAGGAGGAGGCGGCGGUGGCGGUGGCGGCGGCGCACCGAGAAGGCGAUCUGGGCACCGGCCGCUCGCAGUAAGCACUGCCCUGGGGCUCGGGCGCGCAGGCGAGGGAGCCAGUCAGGGAUGGAGGCGCUUAGCCCGGUCUUGCGGGGCUGGUGAUGGCGCGUGGCACACGCUGGCUACCUGAGUAGCAGCGUUCAGGCUCAUUUAGUCAAGGAGCAGCUCCAUGGAUCAAAGGUAAGUGUUUCCUGUGGCCUGCUUGGGACAGCGUCCGGCCAAAGAGACGUUUCCAUCAGCCAACCACCUCUCUGUGGCCUUACAGAGCGAAGAAGGAAAAAUGAAUCGACUGAAGAGCGGCGUGAGAGUGUGUUUCCUGCCUCCGGUGCCCUUUUUAAUAAGCCUCUUAGCGACUCUCGCCGCAGCUAGGAACAUAACUAACAGCACUUUAAACGGCACCGACGUGAUCUUGGGAUCCAUGCCCGCCAUCAUUGCCCGAGUGGACCAUGUGAUCGUCAGGGAAGGGAAAAGUGCCUUGAUCAACUGCAACGUUCUCGGCGUCCCCGACCCCCAUUUCAAGUGGUAUAAUUCCAACGGCCGCUUGCUGAAGGAAGAGGAAGACCAGGAGGGCCCAGGAGGAGGAAAAUGGUGGAUGCAGGACAAUGGUCUGCUGAACAUUACCCAGGUGUCCUUUUCAGACCGAGGUAAAUACACCUGUGUUGCUUCCAACAUCUAUGGCACCGUGAACAAUACAGUGACCCUGAGGGUCAUCUUCACCUCCGGGGACAUGGGCAUCUACUAUAUGAUUGUCUGCCUGGUGGCCUUUACCAUCGUCAUGGUCUUGAACAUCACCAGACUCUGCAUGAUGAGCAGCCACCUGAAGAAGACGGAGAAAGCAAUCAAUGAGUUCUUUAGGACAGAAGGAGCAGAGAAACUGCAAAAGGCCUUUGAGAUUGCAAAGCGCAUCCCAAUCAUCACCUCCGCCAAAACCCUCGAGCUUGCCAAAGUCACCCAGUUCAAAACCAUGGAGUUCGCCCGCUACAUCGAGGAGCUGGCCAGGAGCGUCCCUCUGCCUCCCCUCAUCAUGAACUGUAGGACCAUCAUGGAAGAGAUCAUGGAAGUGGUGGGCCUGGAGGAACAGGGCCAAAACUUUGUGAGGCACACCCCCGAGGGCCAGGAGGCCACUGACGGGGACGAGGUCUACACCAUCCCCAACGCUCUCAAGCGGAGCGACUCUCCCACCGGCGACUCGGACGCCUCCUCCCUUCACGAGCAGCCUCAGCAGAUUGCCAUCAAGGUGUCUGUUCACCCGCUGUCCAAAAAGGACCGCUUGGAAGACCAGGAGGGGGUGCAGGUGGAGAUCAAGGACGAGGAGGUGCCCGAGGAAGCCGUGGCUCCGGAGGGGCCGGAACCGCCCAGCGAACUUCCGGUAGACGCAGAGACUUCUGGGGAUUCUCCUCCUUCUUCCGAGUCAGCACCUCCUUCCGAACCCGUGAACCCUAAAGGGCCGCCGGAACUCGCUCACCCGAAGCCUACUGAGCCAGCCGUGGCUACUGAAACAAAUACCUGUAUUAUUUAUGAAAGCCAUGUAUAAUACUUAACUCUGAAAAAAGCUAUGCAUAUCGAGAAAAUCAGGGGCUGCUCCUUGUAACACAGAAUAGUAUGUACUUGCCGCUAAAGCCUUACCAGUAGACUUAUCGUAACAUACAUAGGAGUGAUGUUCUUUUAAAAGGGGAAAGAUAUUUGUGCAAUUGUGUGUGUGUGUGUGUGUGUGUGUGUGUGUGUGUGUGUGUGUAUUUGUGAGAGAGAGAUUGAGCAGAACCCCCCUCUGGCCUCCCCCCACUAAUAAAGUGCACUGUAGACGUCAGUGCCACAAGAAGAUGGCGCUGGAUAGAAUAUGGCCCAUCGCAUGGAUGUUGGAGGCCAUCUUCUCUUCCAGGCUGCUUACCCCGGUGACAGCGUCCCCUCCCCUCCCCGUCAGAAAGUCCCCUCUCCUCGGCGCCCCCGUAAUCUGUGCGUUGCAUUUCUUUUCCCUUUUAAAAAAGCAUGUCCGUGGAUUAUUUGGCACUUUCUCCCCCCAUUUCAAUGCUGUUUGGUCAUUUGGAGUAAUUGUUAUUAUAUUAAUAUUAAUUGCUCUUUCUGAUUUAGUUGUCUUUGCCCUUUGUGUCUCUCUCUGUCUCUAUCUAUAUAUGUCUAUCCCCAGCGAUACAGAUAUAUAGAUAUAUAGAUCUACAUUUCCCCCCCCCCCUUGAAACAUUUACCUCAGAGACUUUCGUAUCAGCCCCUCGCUCCAGGGCUGACGUCUGGUAGCAUCUGCGGUGCUGCAAAGAGUGACCAGACCUCCCGGAUGAGAAGCCGCGUUUCUCUCUCUCCCCACGCCCUCCCUCCCUUUCCUCUGUUGCAUUUUGUACAAUGGAAUUGCUGUUGUGAACAUGAGGUUCUUGCCCAGGACGCAGCACUUUAAGAGCCAAAUAAAAAACCUGUUUACCAGUUGGAUUCCGAAGGCCUUUGGCGCACCGCAGGUUAAGCGUAUCCAUUCCCUGACACCCCCUCACCCGGUCCCGUGUCAUCCCCGUCACUAAGAUCCUGGAAACUGAUGUGGCUUUGGGAGAGGAAGACCUCAGGCUUAACCUCUGAGGAACAAGCUGCGGAGAAGCUCCCUGCCAACUCUUCUGUGCCCCUCCCUUUAGGUCGCUCAAACAGAAGACGAGCUAGAAUGACAUGAAACCCUCUGAAGUGAGGGAAACAUCUAGGCAACUCUUGGCCCAAGAGGUGACAUAGGAGCCUUCCCUUCGACAGAACACUCAACUACCAAAACACUCAUUAGAGUCUGUGGGAGGAGAACAGGCAUGUGAGGAGCAGAGUAAUGUCAAAAAGAAAAAAAAAGAUUUAAAAAAUACCAAUGGGGGUGAAAUGACUUUCCCAGGGUCACACAGCUAGGAAGUGUCUGAGGCCAGAGUUGAACCUAGAACCUCCCAUCUCUGGACCUGACUCUCAAUCCACUGAGCCACCCAGCUGCCCCCCAAAAAACCAAGAUUUUCAAAGCUAUGGGAUUCUAGUCCUGGUUCUACCACUAACCAUGACAUUAGUGACCCUGAGUAAGACUUCUGAGCCUCAGUUUCCUCAUCUGUAAAAUAGGGGAUGAGGGGCUAAACAUAGUCUCCUGAGGUCCUUUCUAGCUCAAAAUAUAUGAUCCCUCAGUGAUGAUCUCAUGGGAAAAUUAGAUUAAAUGAUCUCUAAAGGUCUUUGUAGCUCUAAAAAAAUGUCUAUUACUAGCACACACAAAAAUGAGAUAUGCUGUGGGUGGUUGCUGAAAGAAGGAGGAAGGGAGAGGAGGAAUGAAGGAAUGAAGAAAGGAAAUAUAAGUAUUUAUUGAGCACCUGCUUUGUGCCAGGCACUAUGCUAAGUGAGAAUUUCUUUCUGUUUCCUUGGAAUCCUAACAUUUCUAUAUUACUAAAAUCAACAAGAAGGAAAUCAGCCUCUUGCUCAUGCUCUGGAAUGUUCUGGAACUCAUCAUAUUAACAUGACCUAUGUUGUUUUGCUUUAAGAGUGAGUAAAUUGUUGACUUGCCUCUUUCUGGGCAAUAGAUCUCCUUCAAAUUGCUUCAAGCUCCAAAUCGCACCAAAUAAUGAGUUUGGUUGAACUAGCACACUAAAAAUGGGUGGAUUUAGGGAGUCUAAUCUCCAGAUUAGAGCAUCACUAUACAACCCAACAGCCACAAUGGGGUAAAAACAGACCCUGCCAACACACACACACACACACACACACACACACACACACACACACACACACACACACUCAAAAAUAUUUUCAGAAAAAAAAAAUUUAAGCCCAUAUCUGUGAUUCCAAGAUGCUUCUUGUAGAAAGUGAAUGUCUAUGAUUUCCAACAACAUGGAUUCAAAUCCUGCCUCUGACACUUACUGAAUGACCAUUGAUUGGCAAGUCAUUCGACCCCCUCCAUCUUCACUUUCUUCUAGAAAAUUAAGGAAUCAGACUAGAUGGUCUUGUUGAUCCUGCCUGCUCUUGUUCUGUGAUUCAGUUUCCUUGAUUUAUGAAGGAUCAUAGCCUUUGGUUUAGGGAUAACCCAGAAGAAUUCAUUUGCUUCUAGCUGGUAGUGUAAGAGUGCAUCAUUCCACUUAGUGAGUAUUAUAGAAUAUGCAUGAAAAAAGGUUACUUGUUUGAACACACAAAACUAUGUAAAUUGCAUGUCCAUUAUGAAUUCAUCCACAAUUCCCCAGUCCCCUGAAUUAUAACUGGAGAAAGCUACACUCAAAAUCAGUAAUAGCUACAGAUUUUGCAUCUGUGGCAUUUGUAGGGAGAAAAGAAAUUCGAAUGGUCUUUUCUAAAUUUUGUCUCUGCAUCAGAAUGUCUUUGCUCCCUUUUUGGUGAAUUUGGACCAAUUUUCAUCUGCUUUAAAGAAGUAACCAUCAUGAGUGGGUAGAAAUCUCGUUUUGUGGAAUGGGAAAGUGAGGCUAUUCUGGGCCACUAUUUGAUUUGAUAAAAGUAGAAGAAGGGUUCCCCUCACCCUUUAGGAUUCCAAAAUGCCCAAUAGAUGUGUGCAUUUACUACCAUGAGCAGACAGCAAGUGGUAUACCUCCCUAGGUGGACAGAUCUAUGACCCCUUCAAUGUGGACCCUUCCUCCACCGGCACAGAUUGAGACCUAUUGACAAUUUUUCAUCCUGUGCUGCUUUUGCCCUAGGUCUUUUGAUAAAUACUCCCAAAAAGGCAUUACCCAAUAUCAGCCCACCAUAAUGGAGGCCUUCCUCUAGGUCCUUUAGCAUUUCAUGGUGAAGGAAGAUCACUAAGAAUUAAGAUGUUUUUAUUGGAUAACAUAAAUUUACUAAAUGCACAUUAUCUACACAAACAUUGGCUCUGGAGUCAGAGAAACUUGGUUCUAAUUCAACCUCUGAUGUUUAUUACCUGUGUUACCUUAGGUAAGACCUUAAACCUCUCAUAGCCCCAGUUUCCUCAUUUGUACAAUGAGGAGGCUGGAGACUAGAUGGCCUCUGAGGUGCCUUCCAGCUCUAGAUCAAUGAUCGUAUGAUCCUAUGAUUUAGAUAUUCUCUUUCUGAUGUUGAGCUUUUUAACCCUUAUCCCUCCCUCCACCAUGAGUGUGUAUUUCUCUUCAGAGGCAUCUUAUUCCACGUUAGUUCUUAUUUAGGAAUGGGUAUCCAGUAAAGCAGAGAUUUCCCAUAAACAGGAACAGAGAUAGGUACUCCAAAGAUUGGUUUUCAUCACUGUGGUUUAAAGGAGGAAACUUGAUUUUCCUAGCCUGCAAAUUCCGUAAGACCUCUAAAAUGCUCCUUUGUAACCUAAGGUAAAGGGAGGUCUCCCUCCCUCGAUACUACCUAUUUAUUGCCCAUGCUGGCAGCUUUAUCUGGGCCCUGUGGAGCCUCCCCUGCUGGGGGUCUGAGAUCUGAAAAAAACAAACUGUUUCUUGGCUGAAUUUUCAAGAUGUCAGAAGAAGUGAUCCAGAAAUUCAGAGCAAUCCAACUGAAGUGCACCCAGAACGGGCAUGUUUCUUAAAGCUUUAACAGUGAAUUAAUUCUAAGCCAUGUCCUUUGGAUUCUGGGCAAUCGUCCUCAAAUCACACAAAUCCUCAAGUUUCUGAGGGAUGCUUGUCUUCUCUCUAAAGACUCCUUAUUGUGUGUGUGUGUGUGUGUGUGUGUGUGUGUGUGUGUGUGUGUGUGUGUGCUUCUUUAAAGACUGGGGAAGCCUCAGAAAUAUGUGUAUAUUUGAUCCACUUGGGUGACCUGUCACCUUGGUUGACCUUUUUUGGGUUCUCUAAGUGGAAAGUAUAGAAUUUUAUAUUGAAAAUAAAUGUAAUUUAUAAUAAUCCUGUUUUACAUAUUAUAUUUUCAUACGCUUAGGGCACAUAUGCUACUGUCCACAUCCUUUUGUACAUCAUAAUGAACAGAAAUACCAAUACUUGAUUCAACUUUCUAGGAACCAAAUGUGGUACAAGAUGUAUCAAAAUCUCAUAUAUCUGAAUGUUCUCUGCCAUCUCAAAUAUUCUUGUCCUGUGACUUAAUGUCCCAAGGGAUGUGUAGGAGAAUCCUUUUUAGGACCAAGGUAAAAAGACAUGAUAUCCUAUACAAAGAGGGGGAUCUGUCAAGGAGAAAGAACACUGGUUUUUUGGUUCAAAUCUCACCUCUAAUGGGAACUACCUGUGUAACCUUAGGCAAGUCACUUCUCAUUUCUAGGCUUCAAUUUGCUAACCUGUGAAAUGAAAGGGUUACACUAUAAGGUCUCUAAAGUCCCUUCCAGCUCUGGAUCUAUGAUCCUAAAAGACUAGAACCCCUUCUAUUGGAAAUAAGUUUUGGUUCUUGGUAGAAGUUCAUACUCUUCUCACUUCCUUUGAAGAAGAAAAUGAGCAAUUAUAAGUACACAAAUUUAUUUCAAUCAUGUAGUUGUAUUUUGAUGGCAUUUCAUCAUGUGAGAACAGGGCACAUUUUCUAUUUCUGUCUAAUGAUCAGUGUGAGAUGCCAAAAAUAUUUGGGGGAUAUCAAUUCGGCAAGAGAGGCAAUGAGGCAUAAUGGGAAAAACACUGGCCUGGGAGCUGAGAGACCUGAGUUGUUGUAAUAAUGGUCAUUUUCUUGUGUGACUGGAUACCUCACUGGACCUCAUUUCCUCAUCAGUAAAUUGAAGGGAACUGAAUUAUCCUCUAAGUAGCUUCUCAUUUUAACACUGUGUGAAUACAAUCUAGACCAAUAGCAAUGAACUCAUUUGUAGCUAAUACAAUUUAUGCCACUGAGGGAACCUGAUUUUAAAAAUAUCAUCCCAGGUUGUUGUUUUUUUUAACUUUAAACAUGUCAGAUUAGAAAACAGAGCUCCCUUAGUACUCAUAUUUUGAAGUUACAGUCCCUGGUUGACUGAAUACCUAUAGAGGUUUCCUAUUUUUUACUUCUAGCAUUUCAUGAGAAGGAAUUGUUCUUUGGACCAUCUUCCUGAAAAUUUGCUUUCUGAAUGACCCUUUGAUUUGCUCUUCAGAUAGCCUUUUGCUGCUAUUUGGAGACUUUAGUUACCCUUUUUUGGGUCCAGCUUUUAUACUCCCUGAUAAGUUAUCUUUUAAAGCCUUAUCUUAUCUCAUUGUUCAUUCACUCAUUAAUUAUUUUCUGAGCACUUCUUGGCUUGGGGAUACUCCUUAUUUUUCCAAUGAAAUAACUUUAAAAAUCAUCAGAAAACAGAUUUUAUUGUUUGCUGCUGUUAAUGCUGGUGAAAAGGAGUGUAGCUUAAUGGAUAGAGAGAUGCCCUUGGAGUCAAGGAGACCAACGCUGAAUUCUGCCUUUGGUAUAUAUUGUUUAUGUGACCCUGGGCAAGGUAACCUCCCAGAGUACCAGGCGACUCUCUUAAGACUAGAAGUUGUAGUUGAGUUUUAACUCUGCAGAGGUGGAGGGGGUUUCCACACUGGGAGUUCUCAUAUCAGAGGGUCUAUACAGACCCCUAUUGCCCACCACCAGAAAAAAAAAUUUUUUUUUUAAUAGAAUUAGGUUUGACUUAAACAAAGCAUUGUAGGAAUAGGGGGAGAUUUGGAUUUCUCUCUUAUGGAGGCAAUAAUGAACAAUGAGCCUUUAAUUGAGACUUUUCAAGGCUGAAAUAUAAAUGGUCGUGAUCCCAGAGGGUAUUACAAUACUCUAAAGCUGAAUAGAAAGCAUAAAAAGCUAUAAAGCAGCACCCUACCCAAAUGCUAGCAUAAUUGCCUUCCAUCUAAAAAAAAUCAGAAGCCUUCAAGGUAUCUCUCCAACAUCACAGAAUGGUUAAAAGCUCAUUAGGCGCAAGGAGAAUGCCCACACCCAAGACUGCUUGUUAUAUUUCCAGCAUUCUGGGAGUCUUUUGUUGCCAUAUAAUGGGUAUAUAACUAAAAGAAAAGGGGAUUUCUUUGAGGGGAAAUAUCAUAAAAAGUGGUAAUUUUGUGGACUAUAAAUGCUCGUUUUUUUAAGUCCACAGAUGUAAACAGAUGGCAGCCAUCUAAGUGGAUGUAACAACAGCCAAAAAAAAAAAGUGUGAUCCAUUCUGUAAACUGAUUGUUGCUUCAAUAAAGAAUUUGCACAGGG